UGACUCACUUCCCUCACAGGCCCCACCCCAGAGCUCCUGUGCUCAAUUUUGACACAGACUCCACCGUUAGCUGUGUUAGAAUAGAAAAAAGCUAUUCCUGUCCCCACAUCUGGAAUUCUGUUGAGCUUCUGUCCAUAUUCACGUACCUACCAGAGAACAUCACUCCAGUAUGCCUCUUGGUGGAGGAAACAAAUGUGGCUGCUGUCAGAAAACUGUGUACUUUGCAGAGGAAGUGCAAUGUGAUGGGCAGAGCUUCCACAGAUCCUGCUUCCUGUGCAUGGUGUGCAGAAAAAAUCUAGACAGCACUACUGUGGCCGUCCAUGAGAAUGAGAUCUACUGCAAGGCUUGUUAUGGCAAAAAAUAUGGGCCUAAAGGCUACGGCUACGGUGCUGGUGCAGGGACUUUGAGCAUGGACAAAGGAGAAUCACUGGGCAUUAAAACUGAUGAGCCUCAAACACACCGGCCAACCAACAACCCCAACACAUCCAAGUUUGCUCAAAAGUUUGGUGGCUCUGAUGCUUGUCCACGAUGUAGCAAGGCCGUCUAUGCGGCUGAGAAAGUCAUAGGGGCAGGAAGUGCAUGGCAUAAGGGUUGUUUUCGAUGUGCUAAGUGUGGAAAAGGGCUGGAGUCCACAACUUUGGCCGACAAGGAUGGAGAAAUCUACUGCAAAGGUUGCUAUGCCAAAAACUUUGGUCCAAAGGGAUUUGGAUAUGGUCAAGGAUCUGGAGCACUGUCACACACUCAAUAGACACCUCAACACAACUUACCCCACAUCCCUUAUUCAUAAGCAUCUGUACAAGCACCUGAACCACCUACUCGUAUGCAUGUGCGUGUACAGGGCAAAUGAGUGCAUGUCAUUGUCUUCAAACAGGAAACAUGUCAAUCACAAAGAAAACUUGAGUCCAGAUGCGUCUGUCUCACUGAUAUACACAGGGUUGGGAGGGUUACUUUUGAAAUGUAUUCCACUACAGAUUACAGAAUACAUGCUGUAAAAUGUAAUUUGUAAUGUAUUCCGUUAGAUUACUCAAGUUCAGUAACGUAUUCUAAAUACUUUGGAUUACUUCUUCAGCACUGGUAGAUUUUUUCACUCUGUCAGUACAGUAAGACAAAAUACACGUUAAAAAUACAUUCUCUGAAAAACCUAAAUAUCUUAUGCAGUGUUGUUUCUAAAACAAGAUCAAUCAAACUGAGGAUUUUUAGAUAUUUUUACAGAAAAACAAUACAAAAAUUAUUAUCAAGAAUACAAUUUUUGCCCUAAUAUCAAAGGUCUUCAAAUCGCAUCAUUUAUAUGUAUAAAUGUUUUCCAUCAGAAAGGACUAAAUAUUAAAUGAAACAAAUGACAAUAAAAUGCAAAGUAAUCUCUUCAGUAAUCAAAAUACUUUUUGAAUGUAACUGUAUUCUAAUUACCAAUUAUUUAAAUUGUAACUGUAGUGGAAUACAGUUACUUAUAUUUUGUAUUUUAAAUACGUAAUCCCAUUACAUGUAUCCGUUACUCCCAACCCUGGAUAUAUAUAUAUAUAUAUAUAUAUAUAUAACUGGAUCGCUGACAUAACGUUAAUCUGUUAGCAAAAUGUGAAGCCACCGGAAGUGUUCCAGCGGCCAUCUUGGUAUGCCCAAACUCUCACAGAGCAUCAAUGACUGACAGGCAAGUUACGACAGUUACAUUUCACCCUCUAGUGACAAUCAUGUAUAAUGUUUAAUUAGCUUGUUAUGGAUAAUAUUCGUUACGAGGGAGAAGAUAUACGCCUAUCGCGAUGUCAGAGCAUUCACCUGCCUCAGUGUUCAGUCUAUCAGUGCAGCACAACAAUCACCAAAGGAAGCAGCAAAACUGUCCACAAGUUGUAAUGUAAGUAUGAAAAGCUGUAAUAUUUGCUUGUUUUGGGGACAACAUGUCCGUUUGCCUCGGAAGGUCAUUAAAAAAGUCAAACCGAGAUUUUUAAUUCGCCUAAAAUGCCCAGGAUUUGCCUGUUUUCAUAUUGAAGUGCUCGCUGUUGUCAUACAUGGAUACAUGUCAUAAAUUACGUGUUCGUUUGAACCUAACGUAUCAGUUUAAUUUGAACCAGCUUCUCCCUCAAUCUCAGCGCUUGCUGUGUGUGAUAGAGGGAGCGAGCGCACGCUCAAGUGAUCGCGAGAACAAGGCACUUUUUGAUGAAAACAUAAAACAAGUAACUCUUAACACUUCAAUGAUCACAAUAAAUAAGUCUGAAAUGUCUGUUUGUAUCUUACCUCAGUUGCAGUGAACUUGUUUACAUUCAGCUGAUCUGUUCGCUGAUGAAGUUUGUUAGUGGUGGAUACUGUUUGAUAUAGAUACACGUAACUCGCUCGGGCUUUCAAGAAACAGGAAAAACCCCUACUUUAAAUAAAUAAAUAAUUACAUGUGUAGGACGUUUGCAUUGUAGGGAUGCACAUGAAGUUUUCAGAUAUAAAAUCGGUGAUUGAAUGAUUAAUGUUUACUCGCUGAAAUUAGAUGAUUUCCUAUUAAGUCAAUAGGGACAUUGGAAUGUUUGGGCAUAGCAAUAUGGCGGUGCAGUGGCUUCACUGAUAUGAUGUCAUGAGCAAUCCAGUUCUAUCUAUAUAUAUAUAUCAGUGGUCUGUCUCAAUCAUAAUGAGAUGUCACAUUAUGCAUUUCAAAAUAGUUGUAUUGUUUUUAAACCCAUAAACGUCUCUUCUUAAGUCCAGAACAUUACCAAACACUUGGAAGAAUAUCAACAAUUUAAACAAAGCAUGGGAUUAACACUUUUGUCUACUCACCUAAUGUGAUCACACAGAUUUAGUGGAAUUUGAGCUUUCUGGUAAUAUCACUUUUCCUUUGUUUGAUGUACUGUCUAUUCUGUAUAAUGGAUCAACAUAUAAGAGCUUAAUCACUGUAAAGAAUGUUCCUUUAGCUUUAUUCAAAGCAUGCAAGAUUUAAAUUUCUUGGCUUAAGAUGCACUAGCUAAAGUGGCCCCAGAUGUAUUAAGACAUUUCUGAAAGUCAUCACAUUAGAUAACAAAACAUGAAUCCAAGUGGAAUUUAUGAGAGACAGCAAACUGUUCAAGCAAAACAUUGGGAUUUAAAUAAUAAAACAACAGAUAUACUUUUUAUUUGUUUGAGGCAAGAAAUUUUGUUUGAUUUAUUACUCUUUAAAACAAAGGCAUAGUGUCCAGAUACAUUUUGGGGCCACUGUAUAAGAUCACUUUUAUUUCAAAGACUGUCAAAUGUUUUUAAUCAGUGAAAAAAAUAUCACACUUAUGCAUUUUGCACGUACUUUAAUAAGAAGGAAUAGCCAGUAAAAGUAUCAAUAUGCACAGUUAUGGGGUCUUGUGUCACUUAUACAAAUGUCUUUUUAUUUCAUGCUUAAAUUGUUGGAUAGAAAGUCUGAAUUAUAAGUACAGUUGAUAAAACAUAACCUGCAUUUGUUGAAUGUGAAGGAUCAGUUUUAAAGGAAUGCAUAGUUCACCCAAAAAUGAAAAUUCUCUCAUCAUUUACUCCCCCUCAUGCCAUCCCAGAUGUUAAUAACUUUCUUUUUUCUGCUGAACACAAACAAAGAUUUUUAGAAGUAUAUUUCAGCUCUGUAGGUCCUCUCAAUGCAUGUGAAUGGUGACCAGAACUUUGAAGCUCCAAAAAUCACAUAAAGGCAGCAUAAAAGUAAUUCAUAUUACUCCAGUGGUCUUCUGAAGUGAUCUAAUAAGUUUUGGGUGAGAACUCAUUUUUAACUAUAAACCUUGACAUCAGCAGUCUCUUGGCGAUCAUGAUUUAAAGCUCGAUUGCACUUUCUAUAAUCAUGAUCAUGCCUAGAGGCUGCAAUAUCAAGAUGAACAGUAAAAAUAAGUUACAUUUUGGUCUGUUCACACCCAAAAUCAAUUACAUAGUGUAAGAAGACAUGGAUUAAACCACAGGAGUUUUAUGGAUUACUUUUAUGCUGACUUUAUGUGCUUUUUGGAGCUUUAAAUUUUUGGAUCCCAUUCACUUCCAUUGUGAGGACCUACAGAGCUGAAAUAUUCUUCUAAAAAUCUUUGUUUGUGUUCAGCUGAAGAAAGAAAGUCAUAUACAUCUGGGAUGGCAUGAGGGUAAAUGAUAAGAGAAUUUAAAUUUUGGGGUGAAUUAUUCUUAAAACACAAAAAGGAGAUGUUUUAAUGAAUAUCUGUCUUAUUAAUACAGUGGCAGUGGAUAGUGCCUCACUUUACAGCUUAAAAAAUGUACUCAGAAUUAUAAUAAAAAUAUUCUGUGUGA